AUGCACAUCCGAUCGCUGGCCUUGUCGCACGUGCACCGCCGCGGCCGCGCGCUCAUGCAGCUCACGCGCCUGCUGGAGGGCGGCGCCGCCGGGGCCAGCCCCGCCGGCGCCGUAGAGAACGGCGCGCCGACCCCAAUGGAGGCGGACGGCGGCGACGAGGCGGCGCAGGCGGGGCCGACGGAGGCUGGCGCCCAGCAGCAGCAGAAGGAGCAGCAGGAGCAGCAGCAGCAGCAAGAGGAGCCGGUCGUCUUCUCGUCGCGCGUGCUGGUGGACGUCGCGUGCCCCCUGCUCACCCAAUUCAUCCUUGAGGGCGGCGGCGGCGACAGCGAGCGCGCGCACGACAAGAAGGCCGCGGACGUGGGCAGGGAGGCCAACGUCACCGACGCCGCAGUCACCGCGCUCCGCGCAGCCGCCGGGAAGCUGCCGUGGCCGGCGUACAGCGCGCUGCUGCACCAGUGGCUGCGCCUGCUGGAGGCGCGCGCGGCGGCGAAGCCGGUCGUGCGCGCGGUGUGCGCGGUGCUGGAUGGGUUCCACUUCCCGCUUCCUCAAGAGGAUGAGGGGCUUGCGGAGGAGGGCGCGGCUGCUGCAGGGGCCGGGGGCGGCGACGGGGCGGCUGCGAACGGGGGCGAUCAGGAGGUGGAUGGCGCCGAGGAUGAGGGGGCAGAGGAGGGGGGUGGCGAGGGGCGGGCAGAGGGCGAGGAGGGCGCCGCCGGCGACGAGGAGGGGGACGAGGAGGAGGAGCAGGGGCCGGAGGAGGAGGCGGCGGUGGCGGCGGCGGCAGAUGAAGAGGCGCCCCCCGAGCCGGCGGCGGCGGACGAGGGCGCCGCGGCGGCCGUGACCCCCGAGGAGCGCGAGCGCCGGCGCCGCGCAGCGCUGGCCGCGGAGGCGCAGCGCGUGCUGCGCGGCAAGGUGCUGCCGGCGCUGCAUGGCGCGCUGGUCGAGCAGCAGUGGGAGAGCGUGCGGCCGCCGGUGGCGGUGGCCAUUGUGAAGCUCCUCAAGCUGCUGCCCGCGGAGGUGGAGCGCCGGGAGCUGCCGCGCGCGCUGCAGGGGGUCGCCAACCUGCUGUCCUCGCGCGCCCAGCGCGUGCGCGACGACGCACGGGCGGUGCUCCUCGACAUGGCGGUCGAGCUGGGGCCGCCCUACCUCCCCUACAUCUGCCAGUGA